GAGGCCGACGAAAAGUACACAGACACCAUCUAUUAUAUCUAACACAGCGCUCUGACCCGGGCAUUACAUCCGGCCUCCGACUCCUUUUCAACAUCGGUAUCCGGACGUAUACGUAGAGCGUAUCGAAGGGGAGAUGGUCCGCCAGUUCAAGCACCACGAGCAAAAACUGCUCAAGAAGGUCGACUUCCUCACCUGGAAGCAAGAUGCGAACCUGCGCGAGGUCAAGGUGAUGCGGCGGUACCACAUCCAGGACCGGGAGGACUAUCACAAAUACAACAAGCUAUGCGGCGCCCUGCGCGCGUACGCGCACCGGCUGUCGCUCCUCCCGGCGCAGGACCCGUUCCGGACCAGGAUGGAGUCGCAGCUGCUCGCGAAGCUGUACGAUACGGGCGUGCUGAACGGGCAGGCGAAGCUGUCCGACGUGGAGCAUAAAGUCACCGUCGCCGCGUUCUGCAGGAGGCGGUUGGCGGUCGUGAUGUGCGCGAGCAAGAUGGCGGAGACGGUCAGCGCGGCCGUCAAGUUUAUCGAGCAGGGCCACGUGCGCGUCGGCCCGGAGACGGUGACCGACCCCGCCUUCCUGGUGACGAGGAACAUGGAAGACUUUGUGACCUGGGUCGACACCUCCAAGCUCAAGCGCACCAUCAUGCGCUACAAUGACGAGCUGGACGACUUCGAUCUUCUCUGAGCCGUGAAUGACACUCUGCAUGACUCAGUCUCAGCAAGCGUUUUUUUUUUUGACCGGGGGGGAAAGGUGGGGAAAAGUGGGAGGGGCGUUUAUGGGCGCUGUUCGAAGUACGCCCCUGACGCCGGGAACGCGGGUUCCCAAAAAAAAAGGAUAUCGUGUGCUCCGUUCGGGACAUGCCGUACGUCGGGGGUUCGGGAGACCCCAUCCAGAGCAGCAAAAAAGCGAAGGCGACGAGAGAUACAUCAAGGCAAGCCCCGGGCGCGGCGAUGGGUGGCACUGCGAUAUUCAUCAUGCAUCAGCCCCCUUCUCUCUCCAUCCUCCAUCGCGCGCGCAUCAUCGAGACGCGCACAAGCAGCUGUUCUUCCCUUUUUUGUCGACGGUGGUGAGGAUGGGACGGGGAAAGGUGAAAAAAAAAAGUUUACUUGGUUGGGACUGCUCUCUCUCUCUCUCCGGUGUGGGGCGCUCUUCGGCGAUUUGACGCUCGGCCGGGGGGGGCAUUUGCGCGGAUAAGGGCGCGUUUCGCAGCUCUUUCCCGGUUUUCGCUUUGUCGAUCUGGCCUGCCAAAAAGUAGUACAUGUGUCGUUCGCGGACGAGCUCGUUGUAUGACCAUAGCUGUUCCCCCGUAUACUGUACACCGUUAGCGUAGAUCUCGAAAAA